CCAUUCAAUAGCUAUACCCGUGGACCUCUCUCAACACCGUUAGACUCGCUGCAUCAAUUGUCGCGAAUCGGUACAGUACAUUAAAACUAUUUCUUAAUUGGUCAAUUGCCAAUCCGAUUCGAGAAAUAGUUUUAUAGGUACAUUUUACAAGUCAGAGUCAAACUUGACUGUAAACUUUCCUAAUUCAUAAUCAUUCAAUAAUUUGGGGUUGUUUUGAUCUUGAUUUUUUUCGUCUCGUUUCGUCCCAUCUCAUAUCAUCCUACUCGCACUUUCAUUCACUCACACAAAAGAAACAUAACAAAUCAGGACACCAUUGUUAGUCUAUUACAAGAAACUGCAAAGUGUUUAUAAGAUACCCGUCGGUAUUCAGGUUCUUUAAGAACCAAAGAGAACCUGGAUCAAUAACGGAGAAACGAAAGGAGUAGUGGCAAUGGCGGCGGGUAACAACAAUGCCCCGACAAGACUUAGUUCUUCACCAGAACUAUCAGAUCCUCCUUCUAUGUUAUCGGCACCCACGUCACCAUCUGGAUACAAUCGAACAAAGAACGGAGGAGAGGGCGAUGAGAUUGUGGUAGAUCCUACCACUAUAAGAUACGACGAAUCUGGCCAACCCAUGUUAACCAAGGACGGCUUACCGAGAAGGAAACCUGGCCCAAAACCCGGCACAAGGAUUAACAAGCGAAGUAGCACAAAUACCGAGGACGGUGAGAAGGCCAAGCGAGUAAGGAAGCAGAAGGAUCCCAACGCUCCACCUACUUCUAGAAGACGUAAGGUGGCGUCGUCUGCCGACGGUGAGGCUGGCGAAUCGAGAUCACGAGCUGCUAGUGUUAGCGGUAAUGCGAGUGCUGGAGCCUCCACUGGAUCGCGGCAAGCAAAAAUUACCGAGAUGGCUACGGCUUCCCAAGCCCGAGCAGAACCUGCUCCUCAAAGAGAAGUCAAACGUGAGAAUAUCGGCUCAAUGUCCAGCAUCUUGAAUGUCGACCCUGAACCCCCCCAGCAAUUCAAUCGCCAACCGCAACAAUCGCCGCCUCCGCCGCAACAGCAGCAACAACCACCAGUACGCCCAAGUGCCCCUUCGAGGACGAGUGGUUAUAGUUAUGACCCCGUUCGGUCGUCUAAUUAUGAUCCUAUCCGAGAAAGCGUGGUUACGCAAAGCUAUUCUAACCCGAUGGGAUCUCCUCGUGGCCCCUCAACGACUGCCCCAGGCAUCAUCAACCGCGCGAGUGCUUCUCCGUCUAUCACGAGUCUAAUUGACCCUCCCGUACCAAGUAUUAUUUCACCAGUUCCGUCGCAUACUUCUUUUGUACAAAAUUCGCAACAUUCCCAGUCCCGACCUCACAAGGAAACUAGCACGAUGCCAGAGUCGCCGAAUCCUUUGCGCAAGGAGUUCGUGCCUCCCCCGGCGCCUAAGCCACCCGCUAUCGAGGCUAAAGAAACUAGAGAGCCCAAGGAGGUAAAGGAAGUUAAGGAAGUCAAGGAACCCAAAGAGGCUAAGGUAGUCAAAGAGACCAGAAAGUCCGCGUCAACCCUGACAGCAACCGCCGCUUCUAAGAUCGAAAUUCGGCCAACAUCGAUUACCACGAUUGGUGGCGGCGCCACCAAGAAGGCAACAUCUAAGAACCAAAGCGCAACGUCAUCAUCCCCUGGUAUCAAUGCGACGAAGGAUGCCCUUGCCCCUCUUCCUGGUGGGCCUGAGCGCUCUAUUCUAGACUUUGGCAAAGUCGAUUCCGAGCUUGUCACUCCCUCCAUUAUCCUCAACAUCCCUCUUAAUGGCGAAACAAAUAAAUAUAUCAACUUUAUGCGAAUGGCCGAGGAACAAUAUGGUUGGGACGCCCUUCAUCCCCGUCAGGCUGAACAGAAAGCGCGAAAAGCCCGCAUCGCCGCCGCGUCCGCCGCCUUGGCCCAGAACGAUUCAAGCCGUGAAGGUGACGAAAUGUCGGUUGACGAAUCAGAUAAUGAGGAUUCCAAUGUUGAGAUGGGCGGUAUGAGUGGACCGGACAAACCCGCUGAUGGGAAGCCCGCAAAGAAGAAGAGGCACUUCAAAGAGGACGAAUACGACAAGGACGACGAUUUUGUGGACGACUCUGAAAUGCUCUGGGAAGAGCAGGCAGCGGCUAGUCGAGAUGGCUUUUUUGUCUACUCCGGACCUUUGGUGCCGGAGGUCGAAAAGCCUGAAGCUGGACGUGGAGAGGGUCAACCCAAACGUGGACGAGGUUCUCGUGGUGGCCGUGGCGGUGCACGAGGCGCUACGGCAGGCACAGGACGAAGUCGUGGAGGUGGCCCUGGUUCUCGAGGCGGAGCAGUGCGAAAGCCUCGAAUGACGAAGGCCGACAAAGCUCAGAUGGAUCGCGAAAAGGCCGAGCGCGAGGCUGCAUUUAUAAAAUCGACGGCGACGAACGGUGGAUCCUAUAAUGUCCUGCACCCGGGAAGUCCGCAAUUUGCGGGCUUGUAAUGCAAGCAUCUUCAGGGGGCAAGGCAAUUAAGGAUGGUUGGCGUUGGAGCACCACCCAACGGUAUGUAAUAAUGUGCACACAUAAUAUGGGGUGUAAAGCGACUUUGAUUUGGCGGCCGUUUCACAGCGGAAUGUGGUAUUUAAACGGGACUCGCGCCAGGGGCGAAGCUAGAGCCUUGACUUCGAAGUCUUUACAUCAUAACGCGUCGGACACGUGUUAGGGAACCGGCGGAUACGGCGUACAUUGUUUACCUACAUAUUCAGGGGGGGCUCUUCGCGGCUACGGUAGAUCUGCUUUGGCUUUAGACAAGCACAUAUUGUACUUAUGCGAAUAGCGAGCUAUUAUUCAUGCUUUUAAAACUGUCCGUUGGGCUAACUACCCAACGAUGUGUCAAUAAAGGAGUGAAUGUCUCAUUUGAUUCGUCAAGCAUAAGCCCGCCCCGCUCUUGAUUCCCCAUUAUGGAGAUCAAUCCCCUUAGGAUCAAAGUACUGAAUCACGCACCAGCUACAUAGGACAUGGAC